AUGAAGAGAUUUGAGGAGAUUUUGAAUCCACAAAUUGUUCCUAAUAACAAAAUAAGGAAAACCAACGAAUCCAUAGCUUCACCAUCAGGGUUUACAUUGGUAACCGCAUCCGCAUCCGCAAGUGCAAGUGCAAGUGCAACAACAACUAAAAUUACUUCCGCAGCCAAUCCAAAAUCUACUAAAUCGAAUGCUGAAGUUGAGCUGCUCAAGUCCAAGAAAAUCUGGGAGGUGGCCAUUGCACCGGCCAAAUCUAUACCUAUGAAUUUAUUCAUGAGUUAUAUGACUGGUAACUCAUUACAAAUCAUCCCAAUGUCGAUGACAUUGAUGUUAUUAUGGAACCCUAUCAAAGCUAUUUUCAAUGACACAAACAUUAGCUUUUCAAAAUUAGAGACCAAAAGCAACCGAGGGCAAAUCACUUUGGCUAAACUUGUGUUUAUUCUAUUUCAAGUAUUGAAUAUGGGUGUUGGAGUGUAUAAGCUAUAUAAAAUGGGACUUAUACCGCACACGGAAGCAGACUGGUUAGCCUGGAAAGAGUAUGCACCACCUCUUGAGCGGGUAUAUAUAUGA